AUGGGAUUGGGUAGCCUUCUUCCUCCCACAGUUGGGCCACCGAUAAAACGGCGUGCAGGGCUUCGGAGGAAACAGGCAGGUAGAGUGUACAUUAACAUAGUGAGGAAGAAGAAGAAAAAGAAGAUGAUGAUGAUGGGUGGUGUGGAAUUACACCAAGAGCUGAAGAAUCUGUGUGUGAACAGUGACUGGAAGUAUGCUGUUUUUUGGAAACUCAACCAUGGAGAUCAAAUGAUUUUGACUUGUGAAGAUGUGUAUUGCAACACGGUCGACGACAGUUAUGCAAAUAAUCUUGUUGAAUUAGCAAUUGUAAAGAUGUCUUAUCGCGUAUAUGCCAUCGGAGAAGGGAUCAUCGGGCAGGUUGCAGCUACGGGUAAACAUGUAUGGAAAUCCGGGCAUCAACUAGUCAACAGCCCGUAUUCUUUAGACGGGCAUUUUGAUGAAUGGAAAACACAGUUUACAUCCGGGAUCAGGACUUUUGCUGUGAUGGCUGUUGCUCCAUUCGGGGCCAUACAACUUGGCUCUUUAAAAACCAUGGCUGAGGAUUUGAAGCUCGUGAACCAUAUUGAAGAGAUCUUUUCCCACCUACAAACUUCUUUAAUGGUGUCGACAUCAACUGACUCUUCUCCUUGUGUGACAGAAUUAUCUACAAAUUCAGGGCAUGUAAACAAUCACGAUAGACAUAGAACAAUAAACAACAGAUGGAAUAUGUCCGAUUUCAUCUGCAAUGAUCAAAAUCAAAACCUGUUCAUGCCCACAACUUCUGAAACCGAAACCGAAGAGUCACUCAAGUUUCCUGCUGGAUGCGAGUUAUACGAAGCACUGGGACCCGCGUUUUGUAAGCAGAAACAUAGUUUCAAUUGGGACACAGUGACAACAACAACAACAACCGAGACCCUAACUUUUGACAAGAUGCCUGAAGAAACAAGCAGUAGCAAAAUAUCUGCCUCUCAACAUCUUUUGGAAGCAGUUGUUGCCAAAGGCAGAUCAACCAGUGGUUCAGGUUGUUACUCAAUUGACAUGACAAGAAACUUGGAAGCAUCAUACAAAAAGGUAGAGGGGUCACAUGAACAAGUGGUUAAGGUCGGGAAAAAACGAGCCAGACCUCGGCCCAGAGAUAGACAGAUGAUUCAAGAUCGUAUUAAGGAACUCAGGCAGCUUGUUCCCAAUGGAUCAAAGUGUAGUAUUGAUUCGCUUUUGGAACAAACAAUAAAGCAUAUGCUUUUCAUGCAAUGUGUCACCAAGCAUACUCAUAAAAUCAACAAAUCUGCUGACUUCAAGUUGAUUGGAAAGGAAAAGCAGGGUUCGAGUUGGGCAAUGGAAGUAGGGGAUGAACUGAAACUGUGUCCGAUAAUUGUGGAAAAUAUUGGUGUCGAUGGGCAAAUGCUAGUAGAGAUGAUGUGCGAUGAAUGUGUUGAUUUUCUGGAGAUGACAGAAGCAAUUAGGAGCUUGGGUUUGACCAUUUUAAAAGGUGUGACAGAUGUCUAUGGCGAUAAAACCUGGAUGUGUUUUGUUGUUGAGGGUGAGAAUAACAGAAACAUACAUCGGGUGGAUAUAUUAUGGUCCCUCCUUCAGAUAUUGAAUAUGAAGACGAGCACCUGAGUCUGAUAAUCUUCAUUGAGUGUUUGAUAGCUAUGAAUUUUGACUCUGUUUCUGGGAAAUUUUUUGUUCUUUUUAUUGUUAUUUAUGCAAGAUUGGUUGCUGGAAAUGAGUGAAGAUUGCUUCUUUUUCCUCUUUUGUUUGUUGUGGAUUUGUAAACUUAACUUAUGAUUGAUUAUUGUGUGGUUUGGGA